AUGUUUGCGUGUCGUAAGGCACCGCACCAGGUCCUUAUCCGCGAAGGACAACGGGGUAACGAAUUGGAAAUUUCGCUGGCAGCGGAUUCGGUGCCUUCCAUUGCGGUCGAAACAGCCAUGGUUUCGAAUCACCUGUUUUACGUGAGCCGAGCGGAUAUAUUUUCUGUGUACCCGGAAAUAUUGCGCGAGAUUCUAGUGAUCGAGGAGCUUUUGUUGCGCACUAAAACGAUAACAGCGUUUGGGCACACGAUCACGGCCACCGAUCGUGUACCAUUGCAGCUUCCGAGUGAAUUCGAAUGGCAACUGAAGCAAUACUUUCGGCUAUUAGAGCAACAGAAAAAAAUUAACGCUGCAGCUGAACAAGGAAUACAGCUGAAGAGCUCCUUGGAGAAGGUCGACCAUACCUACUGGGAGGUGAAGGCCAAGUCCAUCGAUGAGGUCGUUUCGCCAAUGACUUCUCCCGCUUCCGGAGACUCAUCCACGACCUUUCGGCGACGCCGGCGACUUUGCAUCUUGGACAAUCCGAUCGACUUUUGCGAUAUUGCCGCCUACAACCAGUGGCGAUUGGAGGAUAUCGUGCGAGCAGGAAAACUCCUACAUAAACCUAAACUUCCGGUUGAGUUUGAUGAUGAGUAUGAGAUGCGGAAAGUGUACUCCAUGAUUUAUGACGUAUAUCGCUUUAAACUGGUGCUUCAACAAGCUUUGCGGAAUAUUGGCUUCUACGAAAGCUAUCCGACGCUUACCCAUGAAACAACUCGCGUUUGGUUGCUGCUUUACGAUAUGUACCUUCGAAAGUUCAUCAAGCGCGAACCGGACACGGCAUCCCAGAAGGAUCAACUAUUCCACGAGGCACAUUUGUUGGAAAUCGAAAGAUGUCUCGAGCAGAACAGCGUUAAAAUAGCUGCUGCCCUUACGCGAAUUCGAAUCCAAAAUAGCGCCUACAACAUGCAAAGCCUGUUGCCGCUGCACCUUCAAGACGAUAAAGUGGCCAUCGUUGUUUCCAAUCCCAUCAUAACGGGCUGGAUCAACACAUUUCGUAUCCGAACGAAACAGGAAGCAAAUGAAAUUCUGAAGCAGCUGGGAUUCGACCUGAUCGAGCAGGCGGCUGUUACUAACUUCCAGAGCCUGCUGAAUCUCUUCAGUCCACGGGAGAAGCCUGGAUACGUCCCACUAUCGAUAAACCGCUAUAAAUGGGAUCGCUUGUGUCCACAAGUGCUCUUCAUCUAUCCCGAAGACCGGUCGCAAUUUGUUCAAACAAGUAUUUUUAGCGAACAUCAGUUUAUCAUACAGGAUCGGUCCUUUACCAUCGGGCCAACCGUGUUCUCGAAUCUACUCGAUUACUUCGAAGUACAAGGGGAUGUGUUACAAACGCACAUAGCUUCACCACGCACAACUGCGUACCUGGCUUCGCUUUUGGCCAAUUGUAAUCGUGUGCGAAACUUUGUUGCCUUUGGAUGCGGAGCUAGGUUAAAAGAGUAUCGGGAGUACAUGGCCAAACUUGGCGUAAGCAACGUGAAGCUUUUCGCUGAAGCUUUUUCUGACAUUCCCCAUGGCUCUCCGGUGGUAGAUAAAGUGGUGGGCAUCUUAGCAAAUCCGCCAAGCUCGUACAGUGCCGUUAGCGAUCCGAUCGAUCUGAUUUGCAGUCGAGGUGGUGAUCUGUCCAUGCUGGAAAUGUUAUCUGAAUCUGAAAUGACAGAUGACAGCCGACGGCGGGUUACUAAGUUACUUGAGAAGCAACGAGAGACACUCAAGAUAGCCAUGUCACGGCCGCAGGUUCAGUUCAUACUCUAUCAAACGCACUCCAUUGUGGAGACGGAAAAUGACGUCAUGGUGCAACAGGCAGUAGAAUACACCAACCAGAAGGCGUUUGAUGUGCAUUACAAGGCUAUGAAGGAACGAGAGAUGGCGGCGUUAGCGGAGGCAGCCGGAAACACGUUGGUUAAUAGGUUGCUUGGGAGGCCGGAUAUCAACACUCGAAAUGCGCUAAAAAGUGCUGAUGUAUCUGACGGAGAUCGCGAUGGUGUCGAUAGUGGAGCGGAAGGCUUGAGUCCACGCAAAAACUCUGCAGAAGACGUGAACGUCCCUUUGUCCGAUCAAUUCGAGGUGGUUGAAUUGCCAGAUUUCUGUCCACAGAAAGAUAGCUGCUUGGAUUUCAAAGAAUGUGGCGUCUUUUUAUCGUUAAUUAAACGCAAAGAAGUCAUCAGACUAGAUUCGAAGUAUCUCAUCAAGAUCGCGGAGUUACGGGGCAUUUUUGGAGACGGCAACAAUGAGCCACGUAUCAAUGUGAAGGUUACGAAGCGUUCGGAACGAAAAUCAGAAGAACAAGAGGGUCACGAUUUUCAAAACCGGAAGAAACGCCUCAAACGACGUGGUAGCAAUAUGGAUUCUUUAAUUUCCCGCCUCAACACGCCAACACAAGCUUCGCUCAAACGAGGUCAUCAUCACCGGAUGUCCUCAGUGGAGCACAAGUUCAUGUUCUUCGAUGCCUACCGCGAAUGGUGUCCUAAAUAUGCGAAUCGAAGCGAGAACAAUCUGAGCGUUCUUUCUGAUGAUCGUUCGUCCACGAGCACUAUCGCACGUGCGCGCAUUUGGUGGAAAACGACAAUUCACCACGUUCUUCGGAGGGUGAGGUUUUCACGAAUGGGUGGACAAGAAAAUACAUCUGAUCUUCCUCCCUUGAUUCUGCGUCGCUAUCCCAUCGGAUGUCGGCUUGGCAUAAGUGGCGAAAAUGAAACUAAAAUGUUUCGCUGUGGUCAUUAUAAUCGUAUGCCUUAUCCGCUUCCUGUUCGAGUCUUAGAAUUUCGGCAAUAUAACUCAGAAAACAGCUUAUUGCAUCAAACCACCGCACUAGAUAUGGACUGUUCAUCAAAGCAAGCAAGGUUAAGUCGACAAAAUGCCCUUACCACUAGUGCUUCUGGACAACGUGUUCGUCUACGUUCCUCGCUAUCUUGCUAA